AUGCCCCUGUCAGAUAUGGACCAGGACAUCGCACCUAUCCCCCGUUCGCGGGAGGAGAAUCAAGAGAGAGCCUUUAUUGCUGCAUCGCGGAGAAAGGAUCGUAGCUUAGACGCUCGCCUAGAAUCUGCUAACCGGGCUUCCAUGUUGCAUAAGAAGCGCACGGGCAAGGCCUUUCACAUCACCAAGGAGAUUGUUGAGAAAGAAGCCAUGUAUGAAGAGGUCGAUGAGCGGUAUCAAGAAAAACGCAUUCUUAUGCUGCAACGCCAAAACCAGCAGAUUGAAGACCAAUUCAAAAAUCAUCUACUGGCUGCCUUUGCAGCUCGCGCUCAAUUUAAUGCAUCUUCCAUUCACAGCCGGCGAGCAAGCCACAUGACCCCACGCCCAUCAGUCAAUGGAGUCAAUGGAGGCAAUGGUGGUGCCCGCAAAAUGAGCUUGGAUCUGUCCAACAUCCGCUCUUCCUUCUCCCAGGACCCAGGCUCAAUGGCUAGCCCGAUGGCAACGGGUGAUGGCUACGUACUAUCGCCCACGGCAUCAUACGAUCAGAGUGCCCAGCCCUACACGACCUACAUGAGCGGUUCCCAGACGCCAUACUCCGACAUGUUCUCUGCCUCAACAGGGGCCCCGUCUGGACAAAUACCUGCCUACAUGAACCAACAAGCCUCAGCACCAGCCUGGAACCCCCAAGUGCCCUCAUGGGCCCCGAUGCAAGAGCACACCCCACCCCCCCGCCCAAACCCCCACAGACACGCACGCCGUGCAAAUUUCAGAGAUCGCCUGGCCUCAGCACCAGAAUUGCCUCUGCAGCACACACCGGCCCCACACAUUCCCUCAGCAUCCAUCUCUGGCCCCACCGGCCAUGGCCCUACCCAUGGUCACUCGCGCGGCCAGUCCCAGCCAUCGAACAACUUCCACAACCUCAACCUCCUUACCCAGAGUACACAGAUUUCUCACUCCCAGGUGGCCCCCUCCAGUCUUAGCUCUCCUAAGAUCGAGGCCCUCUCAGCCGGCACUCACUCCACACCUGAUUUCUGUCCCACUCCCAAUACCCCACUGUCACCGACUACUACUACCGCGCAUGUUACCAUGUCGCAUGGUGGAAAGGUUGACGGUGAUGGUAUUAUGGUCUCGCAUGAGGGUAUGGAUCCUGAUUUCACGGAUUUCAGUCAGUUUGCUUUCCACUUGGGCAACUCGACUGUUCCGCUUUCCGAUCGUGAUCAGCCUUUCGGAUUUGAUGAUCUUCUUGCUGUUGAUGAUUUCACCAGCGUCUCUUGUUAA